CAGAAUUGAGGACGUAGUUCCAAAGCUUAUAAAUUACAAGGUGACAGUUUUACGCGGCGUACUCACUGCUUGCAGCUUGUUUCUGAAUCCCGGGCCCUUGUUUGCUGUGUCCGAUAGGCUUUAAACAUGUACGCGUGUGCUAAGUUUGUCACCUCACCUGCCGUGCUCCGCGGAGGCUCCAGGGUUCUGGCCCGGCCCGUUUCAGUGUCUUUGUUCAAUAGACCUGAAGCAAGAAGUGAGCAGGCUCUGUUGCCAGUCAGUGAGGCAUCCAUUCUUAAUGUAACCCGAGGGUUCCAGACCAGCGCUGUAUCCAGAGACAUUGACACAGCAGCCAAAUUUAUUGGUGCCGGUGCUGCCACGGUGGGUGUGGCCGGAUCAGGAGCUGGAAUCGGAACGGUGUUCGGCAGUCUCAUCAUUGGCUAUGCCAGGAACCCCUCCCUAAAACAACAGCUCUUCUCUUAUGCCAUUUUGGGCUUUGCUUUGUCUGAGGCCAUGGGUCUGUUCUGUCUGAUGGUGGCGUUCCUCAUCCUGUUCGCCAUGUGAUUUUACGCUGUCUGUACUCGCACUUGCUGUCAACUAACUUCAUCUGGAGAUAUGAACUGACACGCAGCCUAGACCUUGUCAUCGUCAUUCCAACCAAACUAUAAAAAAGCUCAAUUUUUAUGUUCCCCACUUUUCUUUUUCUGAAAGUUUUAUGUAAGAACUCUCCACAGACCAUCUGAAUAAAUGGUUUAAAUCA